AUGUAUCAUCCCGACCAGACGGGCUUCCGUCAUACUCUCAACUUCAUCCAUUUGCGACAGGCGUACGGCCAGCAAGUGAUCACUGAAAUUCGCCGGUUCGUCUCACUGACUACGCGCAUUCUGGCAUUCAACGGGCAUCUGACGUUCAACCUUGCCUGCAAGUCCGAUGGUUUGAUCCCGCGCUCGCUACGUCUUCACAGACCCGUGUCGACGAGAUUUGGACUAAGCGUGAUUUCCAAGGCAGAACGGCAUCUGUUGCAAGCGAGGAUCAUGGACUGCAGGGACCAAGUACGAAAACUUAGGAAUGAUGCUUUCUUUUCUCGGCGGCGUCUCGAGGAUCACUGCCCAGAAGAGAUGGCGCGCAUACAACUGCAUGCAAAUUUUCAAGCCAAUCUUCGCGCUCGGAAAGAUGAGCAAUGCCACGACAGGAAGUUCGAAAGGCUGCAGCAGUGCCGCACAGCACGUCCGCCAAGUGCCCUCAAAAACUCUGUGUACAACUUGUCCACAUACCAGCCUGACGGCUACGAAAUGGCAGUCCUAAGUCUCGGUCUGAACUUCAACACGGGACCUGCAACGGACACGAAGAAAGUAAUUUGCGCCGCUGAGCGCGCUGUGAACUUGGUCGACCAAUCCCGCCGUGACGAGGCUCGCACACGCGUUGUAAGCGUAUUGUCGAAGUUGCACGCCCAACCCACCGUGGACACCUUGUGCAAGCAAGAACGUGAUGCCAUCAAGAGGCUGCAGGAGAAUCGGGAUAUAGUCGUACUUCCCGCCGACAAGGGGAACGCUACCGUCCUUCUAGACAGGAGCAAAUACAUCGAAAAAAUGUGCUUGCUAUUGAGUGACGUUCACACGUACGCCAGCGUCGCAAGAGACCCGACACCCAAGCUUCAGAGGGAUCUGCAGAAACUGCUCGCCGACGUCUUCCGUAUGGUGCCGCCACAGCACAAGCAGUUGUACUACAGACUGAUUUGCCACAAUGGAUCUGCUCCAGCAAUAUACGGCCUACCGAAAGUGCACAAGCCCGAUGUUCCCCUGCGCCCCAUUGUGGACUUCACACUGGUGGUGCGUAUCUCGUACACCAGGCCCGGGUUGUUUGCUGCACCCACGACAAAUAGCUGA